AUGGCUUCUAUUGCAAACGUCACCAUAUCAUCAAUUGGUGCACGUGUACUCUCCCUCCCGGCCUUGAGCAGAGCGUCUUGUAGUUUCAUGUCAUCUUCAAAGUGUUACUCAAAAUUGGGGUUUAAUCCCCUGCAGCACAGGAGCCGUUCACUGCCUUCAAGAAAGCUCGUGGUUCGUGCUGCCAGAACCGAGUCCCAAGGAGUCUCUCUUGGUUUACGGGCACCUGAUUUUGAGCUUCCGGAGCCUCUUACCGGGAAAAUUUGGAAACUAGAAGACUUUGAAUCACACCCGGCAUUGCUGGUCAUGUUCAUCUGCAACCACUGCCCCUUUGUUAAGCAUUUGAAGAAAGAUAUUAUAAAGCUUUCAAAUUUUUACAUGAAGAAAGGGCUUGCAGUAGUAGCAAUAUCUUCAAACUCUUCAACUACUCAUCCUCAGGAUGGACCUGACUUCAUGGCUGAAGAAGCUAAGAUAUUUAACUAUCCUUUCCCAUAUCUCUAUGAUGAGUCGCAAGAUGUUGCAAGAGAUUUUGGAGCUGUUUGCACGCCAGAGUUUUUUCUAUUCAGAAAGGAUGGCCGUAGGCCUUUUGAGCUAGUUUAUCACGGCCAGUUCGAUGAUUCAAGGCCAAGCAAUAAUGUGCCCGUCACAGGAAGGGACUUAAGCCUAGCAAUAGACACUGUUUUAAGUGGCCAGCCAGUACCAUCCAUUCAGAAGCCCAGUGUUGGAUGCAGUAUAAAAUGGCAUCCCAAGGCAUAG